CAUCCAUCGACGAGACGAGUGCCGCCGCUGCCGCCGCCGCUGUUGCUGCUGUUGCUGCAAUCCGAGCGAGAGAAGCGCGCAAGCGUGACAGCGAGCGCUGGGCCAACCUUUGUGAUUUCACCCCGCCAGAAUCGGCAAGCGCGAGCGCACUGACGCACCGCCAUUCUCGCACAAGCACAAGAAGACCAGAAUCGUCCGCUCUGAGCUCCUCCCACACAACGUCCACAUCCACUCCCAUCUCGCCUGCCACUCCUCAUCUACUGCUCAUCCCUCCUCUCGAACCACCCACCCUCUACGCUUGUGCGUGCUGAGCCGUGUCUCGCUUUCAGCUCUCGCCUCCUCUGUUUUCCCCCCUCAGCCGGUCCUCUGCUUUUUCUCUUCUUUUCGUUAGCCCCGUUUCUUCAACCUCCAACACUCCACCACCAUGGAAGAGGAAGUCGCAGCUCUCGUUAUCGACAAUGGCUCCGGCAUGUGCAAGGCCGGUUUCGCCGGUGAUGAUGCUCCUCGCGCAGUCUUCCCAUCUAUCGUCGGCCGGCCACGCCACCAUGGCAUCAUGAUUGGUAUGGGCCAGAAGGAUUCAUACGUCGGCGACGAGGCGCAGUCGAAGCGUGGUAUCCUCACCUUGCGAUACCCCAUCGAGCACGGUGUUGUCACCAACUGGGACGACAUGGAGAAGAUUUGGCACCACACCUUCUACAACGAGUUGCGUGUUGCGCCAGAGGAGCACCCAGUCCUGCUUACGGAGGCUCCUAUCAACCCAAAGUCGAAUCGUGAAAAGAUGACUCAGAUUGUUUUCGAGACCUUCAACGCACCAGCCUUCUACGUCUCAAUCCAGGCCGUGCUUUCCCUGUACGCUUCCGGUCGUACCACCGGUAUCGUGCUCGACUCCGGUGACGGCGUCACUCACGUCGUCCCCAUCUACGAAGGUUUUGCCUUGCCCCACGCCAUCUCGCGUGUCGACAUGGCCGGCCGUGACUUGACCGACUACCUGAUGAAGAUCUUGGCAGAGCGUGGCUACACCUUCUCCACCACUGCCGAGCGUGAAAUCGUUCGUGACAUCAAGGAGAAGCUCUGCUACGUCGCCCUCGACUUCGAGCAGGAAAUCCAGACGGCCAGCCAAAGCUCCAGCUUGGAGAAGUCAUACGAGCUUCCGGACGGCCAGGUGAUCACCAUCGGCAACGAGCGCUUCCGUGCUCCAGAGGCCCUCUUCCAGCCUUCCGUCCUUGGUCUCGAGUCUGGUGGUAUCCACGUCACCACCUUCAACUCCAUCAUGAAGUGUGAUGUCGAUGUCCGCAAGGAUCUGUACGGCAACAUUGUCAUGUCCGGUGGUACCACUAUGUACCCAGGUAUCUCCGACCGCAUGCAGAAGGAGAUCACAGCCCUCGCUCCAUCCUCGAUGAAGGUUAAGAUCAUUGCCCCACCAGAGCGCAAGUAUUCUGUGUGGAUCGGUGGUUCCAUCCUUGCUUCCCUGUCGACCUUCCAGCAGAUGUGGAUCUCUAAGCAGGAGUACGACGAGAGCGGUCCUUCCAUUGUCCACCGCAAGUGCUUCUAAGCGCUAUCCUUCUUGUGCUCCCGUCAAUUCACGCGCAACUUCUUUGUCAAAUGCAUGCAUGUUAUGUACUUGGUAAGGGCGCCAGCGCGGGGGUGGCGCGGUGUCUAGUUUAGUUUCAGAAAAAAAAACCUUCUAGAGAUCACGCAACUAAACCAAACCUUCACAUUUUUUCGAUAAACUACACAACAAACGAAUCCUUUUUUCCCACGACUACCACCAACCAGGGCCAAAGCGAUGCUAAAGGGGAUCAUUUCACGCGAUUUCAAAAAGCUAGGGUGGGUGUAUGUGUCUGUGUCGUAGGGUCGCACGUUGUCACAAAGUCCAUCGGGCGAUUACACGGUAGUGAGUGGCGAGGGGGUCCCUUGUCGAUCAAGAACGAAAGAAAGAAACUUAAAUUUUCUACAUCACACGGAUUUGCGAGGGUAGAAAUUUGCGUGUCUUGUAUGUAGCACCCGCCUUCCUCUGGUGGCGUGUAUGAGUUCCUUUCCUCCCCCGUUUUCAUUGUCCCCUCUGUGCUUGCUCAGACCUAAACUUGUCACUUGUGCCUCUUUACCAUCUGUUGUUCCGUUUCAUUUGCCUUCAACAGAUUAUGCAGCGACGUGUCCAUUUUGGAGGGCCAUUUCUGUCCUCAACCUCGACUUCCUAUGUAGGGUACUUUCAAUUGCUGGAUAUGUGCAUCCGGUUUCAUCUUCUCUACUAGCAUGUCCUCUGUGCUUGCUAAUAUACCACGCGUUUUUAUGCGCUUAAGUGGCC